UUAUUGCCCGACUUUGAUGAUAUAGAUCAUUACGGUGAAGAUGAAGAAGAUGAAGUUCAAGAAAUUGACAUUUGUGGCAAGAAGAUGAAGUUCGACAUUCGUGGCAAGAGAGUGCUUACUAGUGAUAGAAGUAAAAGAUGAUACCAAUCCAACUUGAAGAAACCAAAACAGAAGGGGCCUAUAGACUUGUUUUUUACUCCUAAUCCAAAGAAAGCGGUUCAAGCUAGGAAAGAAAGGAAGAUGAAACAAACAUCAAUAAAUGAGGCGUGCAAGAAAAAACUAAGAAAAAAGGCAAUGGGAGAUUUUGCUAGGUGGAUGUAUGAUGUUGGAAUACCAUUUAAUGUUGUACAUCUGAGCAGCUUUGCAGUGGCACUUGAAUCGAUUGGACAAUAUGGUCCUGGAAUAAAGCCACUUAGUUAUCAUGAAGUGAGAGUUCCUUACCUAAAGGAGGAAGUUAGUCGAAUGAAAGAGUUGUUAAAGGUCCAUAAGGAGGAAUGGACAAAAUAUGGCUGCUCAAUUAUGUCUGAUGGUUGGAGAGAUUCGGUUGCUAAUAAGGACAUAAUAAACUUUUUAGUGAACUCUCCAAGAGGAUCAGUAUUCAUCAAGUCUAUUGAUGCUUCUAAUAUUGUCAAGAAUGCAGAUAGAAUGUAUAGAUUACUUGAUGAGAUGGUUGAGGAAAUUGGAGAAUCAAAUGUGAUUCAAGUGGUAACUGACAAUGCGUCAAACUAUGUUGCAACAGGUAAGAACUUAUUUUUAGAACUACUUUCUAUAGUCUAUAUAUUGUUUAUUUUAAUAUUUUAAUGGUUUUAUUCCUUGAUUUUUGAAUAGGGAGAUUGUUGGAAGCAAAUAGGCCACAUUUAUAUUGGACACCGUGUGCUGCUCAUUGCAUUGAUUUAAUUUUGGAGGAUAUUGGGAAGAUGCCUUCAAUUCAUGCAACUUUGAAAAGGGCAAUUUUUUUGAAUGACUAUAUCUAUAACCGUGUGGGCGUUGUCAACUUGAUGAGACAGUUCACUGGAGGAAAGGAGUUACUAAGACCUGCAGUUACAAGAUUUGCAACUGCCUUCAUCACCCUCCGUUCAAUCCAUCUUCAAAAGAACAACUUGAGGAAGAUGUUUACUUCUGAAGAUUGGAAUACUAAUAAAUGGGCAAAAGAGGCGGCUGGCAAAAGAGCAGCUACUAUUAUUUUGAUGCCUACUUUUUAGAGUACCAUCAUCUAUGCUCUUAAGUUAACAGGUCCACUUGUUCGUGUACUCCGUUUGGUUGAUGGGGAAAAGAAGCCUGCAAUGGGAUACAUUUAUGAAGCAAUGGAUAGGGCUAAGGAAGCCAUAGCUAAGGCUUUUGGUGAGAGAGAGGAUAAAUUCAAGGAGGCAUUUGAAAUUAUUGAUACGAGGUGGGGAUGCCAACUCCAUCAACCGUUGCAUGCAGCUGCACACUACUUGAAUCCAGAAUUUUUCUAUUCAAACCCCAACAUUUUGCAAGAUGAAGAAAUUAUGACGGGUUUGUACAAAUGUAUUGCAAGGUUACUGCCAACUAUUGAAAUGCAAGAUAAAGUUUCAAAUGAGUUGGAAAAAUACAAUGCCGCUAGUGGCGUCUUUGGAAUUAGUUUGGCAGUGAGACAAAGGAAGACAAAAGCACCAGGUAAAGUGGCAUUUGUACUACCUCUUUAUUAUUUUUGCUAUUUACCUAGUAGGUAUUCAUUUAAAAUUUAUUUUAUAACAGCGCAAUGGUGGAUGGCAUAUGGAUCAACAACACCAAACUUGCAAAAGUUUGUUGUGAAAAUUCUUAGCCUCACGUGUAGUGCUACCAGCUGCGAAAGAAAUUGGAGCAUAUUCCAACAUCUUCAUAGCAAAAGGAGAAAUAGGCUAUCCCAGCAACGCUUGAAUGAUUUGGUAUUUGUGAAAUAUAAUCGAACUCUGAGGCGUCGAUACGACAAACGUGACACCAUUGAUCCCAUCCUCCUAAAGGACAUUGAUGAUAGUUAUGAGUGGUUGAUUGGUAGGAUGGAUGGUGAUUCUGAUGAGGAUAAUGAACUUGUGUUUGAAGAUGAUAAUUUGACUUGGAAUUUUGUUGCUAGAGCUGCUGGACUAAAUAACCCCCCGCAUCACACUAGAUCAAGAAUAAGUACAAAUAUGCCAUCAUCGUCUAGAGGAAGAGAAAGGGCUUCAUCUAGUAGUGCAACCAGUGCUAGGGGUCGGACCACAAUGUUGGAACUUGUAGAUGAGGAUAAAAUCCAAGUGGAUAGUGCAAAGGAGACGGAAGAGGAAAAAGAUGUUGGAGAAAACAGUUCUGAUGAUGAAGAGGAAGAUGAUGAUAUCUUUGCCGACUUAGUUGAUGAUGAGUGAUGAUUGAGGAAGAUUUUUAGAUUUUAUAUUUUGAAAUCUUUUAUUGUACUCUUUUCUUUUGAUGUUGAACUAUGUUGAAUUAUUGAUGCUUUUGGGCUUCGUCUUGGCAAUUUUAUUAAAUUCCCAAUUUUG